AUGUCUUUAAAUCGAUCAUGCGCGGAACUGUCGUUAAAUGAUAAUCAAAAUGAGCGAAUGGAUAUCAAAGGAGCACAAUUUGUGAUUCAAUCAAACCUGAAAAGUAAGAACAUUUCUAAAAACUUCAAAUAACUUCGAUAAAAACGUUUCAGUUCUAUCAAAAGCGGUUCAAACAUUGGCGAAAUUAGCAGAAGAUGUUUAUCUCGAAGUUUCAGAUGCGGGACUUUUAUUCAAAUCGAUAAAUCGAUCGAAGAGCAUGUAUAGUGUUUUUCGAUUUGCUCCCGAUUUUUUCAAUGAUUGUGAUAUGUCACUGAUUAAUGAGAAGAAUACGAAUGUUUGUCGGAUUACCACGAAAUCCGCACUUUUCAUUUUUAAAGGUGCAAACCUCAAAAAAUUAACUAUCAUCUAGCAAUAAUAAUCUUCCAGGUGCCACCACUUUCGGCGACAAAAACUUCCAUUCCUGCGAAUUUCGCAUCGAUCCACUUGCCAAAACAAUGGGCGUCAAACUGCAACUCAACUACGAUAUAUCUCGAAUCAUCGAAGUGAAUUUGCUCGAAACAUCGGGCACUUUACUCCGUCCACUUCACGACAAAACAAAAUUCCGAAAUAAAACUGUGGUGUUUGCCAGUGUUGUUUUGCCGCUUUUGAGUCAAAUGAAAAAUGAGCAUGAAAUUACGAUGAAAAUUGAUGAGAAAGGGAUUUUGAUGUCGAAUUAUAAUAAUUAUUCGAAUUUGGGGGAUAGAUCGAAUACAACGAAUAUUCCAAGCAGGUUUUCGAAGGAAAUGCCGUCGAAAAAAGUGAGAACUGAGGCGCUGAUUUCGGUUGAUAAAUUGACGAAACAUGAAAUUGAGUUUGAUGUCGAGAUUUCGUUUUCGCUCAGGGAUUUUUUGGCGAUUUUGAAUUUGGCUGAACAAUUGAGCGCUGAAGUUUGUUUGUAUUAUGAUUUGGCGGGAAGGUGAGACAAAUUUUUGAAAUUUGAAAUUUUCAGGUUGAAUAGGAUCAAGGGCCAGAAAAUCAUUAAAAAUUUUAUAGUUUGCGAAUUUUAAUACUAAAUUAGCCUAGCCUUAGAAAAUUCAAAAGUUUUGACCCCGAAAAGCCCAUAGAAUUGAAAAUUAAAAUUCGGGUCAAAAUUCAAUUUUUCUCUUCCAGACCCCUUAUUCUUACUGUAGAAGCGCAUUCGAGUUUUGAUAUCGAACUUCUUCUCGCCACAACCACAAAUGAUGAGGAUUUCGAAGUGGAUGGAGGACUAUUUGUGAGUUUUCGACUGAAAAUCUGAAAAUUUCAGCCAAAGAUUCCUCAUUUUCAGCAAGAAAUCGAUCUGGAAAAUGAGAAUGGGGAAAUCUCGAGAAUCGCUCCGAAAAAGAAGCAAAAACGUGGCCCUGAAAAACCGCGCAAGAAGCCUGAGCCUGAAAUUCCUGAAGAACCCGAAAUUUUGGCUGAAACCCCAGAAAUCCCUGCUGAAAGCAUGCAAAUCGACGACGAAGCUCAAGUUCCAAUUCAAACUUCAUCUGUGUUAGUUUCCACGUGGCUCGAAAUUCAAAAUUCAAAUUUUCCAGAGAGGAAGACAGAACCGCAGAUCUCAGCACUCAUAGAACACCAAAUUAUGUGAAUCGUAUACCAUCUACACAAUCUACAGUACCCCUAGAUCAAUCGUGGCGCCAAAAUGAAGUACAGUAAGUCGGGCUUGUUUUGGGCUAGGUGGAAUUUGAAGCCGAAUACAACAAAAAAAUAAAAAAUUUCGGUGCCUCAUGCUGGAAUCGAACCAGCGACCUUCUGUUUACUAGACAGACGCUCUGCCACUGAGCCAAUGAGGCGCUCGGAAAACCGCGGCGAAAAUUGAGUUGAUAUUUUUGCAGGGAAGAUGCGCCUGUUGAAGCUCAAGAAAUUCAAGUGGAACCUGAAAUUAUGGAAGUUCAUGAGAUUAUUGAAGAAGUUCAGGAAAAUCAAGAUUUCUUCGAUCUCAAGUCAGUUUUCCCCCCUCCAGAAAUAUUGGAAUCUUCCAAGUAAGGUCAUUAAAAUAUACUUUUUCUACAGUUUCCAACCGCCUUCUGGAUCAUAUGAUAUGUUUUCGCUCAGGAAGAAUCUGGAAGAAAAAGAGGCGGAGCCUGAACAUGAAGAAGAAGAGGAAAUUGAGGAACAUGCUGCGAAACGAAGGAAAACUGGAGAAUUUGAAUUGGAGGAGAAGGAAUUGGAAGUGGAAGUGGAGAAGAAGAAACGAAAGGUACAAUUUUUAUCUGAAUCUCAUUUUUGAAUUUUGAAUUUCCAAUUUUUUUCGGAUUUCUAGCAAAAGUUUAUAUUUGAGAAUAUUAUUCCGGAAAAAAACAUCUAAAAAUAAUCUCAGAGUUAGCCUAAAAUCAAAUUUUCUUCCAGCUCCGCCGAAUUCUAAUGGGCUCAAAAUCUCGUCGAAUUCCAACAAAUUCCCAACGACAAAAAUCGGCUUUUGGUGAAAAACCAAUUUUGGUUGAAGAGACGCAGAGAAUAUAG